GACAUUAUUAUUCAGCUGAGUGACAUAAAGAAAAGUGUGCAGGGAGUAAUUCAUCGCUACACUUUUGAUGAGUUUGUGGAGACUGGAAAGACAAUGUCUCUUUCAGAAUAUAAGAAACAGAGAACAAAGGUGCUGGAGAAAGUAUCUUUUUGUGCUAAUUCUGCUGACAUUAAAGAAAAGAUUCUUAUCCACAUCCUGGCCUGGUUGAAAGAAUGGGAUGCCAUUUUGUCUGAUAUGACUGAAGUUGACACUGAUGAACACCACCACUGCAUAGCACAAAUGGAGGUUUUACCAAAAACGUUCAAAGCUAUCGAGGGCAAUGUCAAGAGGUUGAGUGUAAUUAGUACCUCUUUGCUUGAAGACAAGAAGAAACAAGAGGAAAAACAAGCAUCUAGAAAAGCUCUAUGGAAAUCUUGGAAAGAAAGAGUUAUAAAGAGACCUGCAACAGUCCAUGCUUUAACACCAAAUCAGAUGAUUGGUGAUGAAUUUGCAACAAAUACAAAGGUUUCAGAAAUUCAAGCCAUGCUACAGGAACUCAUAGAUACUACAAUGUUCAAUAAAUUGGAAAAUAAUGCUAUUAACUAUAUAGCAUCGACAAUAGAAAACCUUUCUAAAGCGUUGAGUUCACUAAAUAAUGAAGCAAAAAUUAUUAACCUCCAUCCUGAGAUAUGUUUAAGUGAGGAAAGUGGUAAAAAGCUCUCCCUGCAGAUAAUACAAGAGCUCAGUGAAGAAAAUGAAAGGCUUCAGCGGAAACUUCAAGAAGCAGAAGAAAAAUAUGAGCACUUUAUUAAAUUCAAAGCAUCGCCCACAUCAACCGUGAAGGUGUUAUAUGAGUUUUCUCCAAAAUCAUCCAUGGGCUUUAGCAUGACUGAUGAAGCAGCGAGUAUGGACAAUAUUUUGAUGAAAGAAUUUGAAAAUAGAAUGGAUGGGGCCCAAAGAAAGGAGACCCAAGGCUCAGUGUUAAAGUGGGACUCAGCAAGUUCACAUACAGCCCAAGUUGAAAUGACUCCAGAUUUAAUUGAACAGCAAUUCCCUUUACUUGAAAAACCCCCCAAAAUACCUUCCAAAGAUAUCACUGAAGAUAAGAUAUCACUGAAGAAAGGUGACAUCUAUCAGAAAGGUUGGACUGAUGAGUAUCAAUCACAGAAAAGGAAGAUCACAAAAACCCCAUAUGAGUUUGAGACCUCUAGAUCAGAUCUGAGUAAUCAGACAAGUAAACAAAUAGUCUCAAAGACCAAAGUGGACUAUGACUUAGAUCUACAAGCACAGCGAAAGACGAGUCAAGAAAUACAGCCCUUUUCUAUAGCCAAAUCAAAGCCAUUCAUUGAAUCAAAAAGUCAACAUGAUCUUUCUAAUUUCCCUUCUACUGACACAAAGAGCCAAGGUGGCAAAAGUGGAACAAGUAGUAAGUGGGAACGACUCAGGAAGUACAAAAUUGCAUAUAUACUUGAGAAAUGCCAAGUUAUUUCAGACCACAAAAAGAAAUCCACCACUGAGUUAAUGGCCAAAGAGAGUAAAAGUGUUUUGAGUUUCCAAGCAGUGCCAUUUGGGUCAACCCAACCUGAUAAAUCCUCUGAGAAAGUACAAAUAAAAGGAAAGGAACAUCAAAUCUCUUCAGAAAUUACCACAAGCAAAGAAGGAAAAACUGAAGAGGAGGACACGUCAGUCUUUACCAAGAAGGACAAGUCUCAAGAACUUGUUGAAUCACAAUCUAAGACAACUAAAGAGACUUCAGAAUCUUCUACAGUUCUAGGAAGUCCAGAGGGCAAAAGUGAACAGGCUAAUCUAGAUGAAUUUCACAACGCCAUAAUGUCUUUCUUAAAAGAGAAAAUUGAUAACACAGAAAAUCCUUUGGAUAAAAAGAUUGUGCUGGAAGAAGAGUUAUUAUUAAAAAAAGCAGAAGUUGAAAAAUUAGGAAUCAUAAAGGCAAAAAUGGAAGAAUAUUUCCAAAAUGUGGCUAGAGCUGUGGCAAAAAUCUUGAGAAAAUACAAAGACAUUAAAAAAGCAGGACAAAUUAGAGAGCAACAAAUGAAACAAACAAGAGUCUCAUUUAUGCCAGGACUACAUUUACAGGAGCCAGUUAGUCCAACGUCUGAAAUUAGCUCCUUACUCUCAUCUGAGAGCAUGGACCCAGUAGUACAAAAUUUAACACAAGAGAUCUUGACUGAAAUAGAUGCUCCAGUCGUCUCACUAGCAGACCAUAAGGAGGAGGAAAAACAGAGGCAGGAGGAAUAUUUGCUAGAGGUUCAAGGAGAAAGUUUUAAUAUGAAUCUUAAACACCAGUUGCAAGAAGAAAGAAAUCUCUGGAAGAUGAGCUAUCAGAGGAUACACAAGGAUUUGCAAAAGCUCCAGCUGAAGGAAGGAGAGCAAGAGCAACAGAAGCAGGAUCAGUGGCAGGAAGAAGUGUGGGAGCAAUAUCAAAAACAGAGGAUGCAAACGCAGACUGAGCAAGAUGAGAAGCAAAAGGGAAUGGAAGAGGAAGAAGAGCAGAAGCAAAAGCAGCAGCACCUGGAAGCAUGGAGGCAAAAAAUGAAAGAGCAAGGAGUGUCCUUGGAGAAGGAGAAGGGACAGCAGAUGGAGCAGCUUCAGAAGGAAGUGAAACAUAUGGAACUGGAAAGUAGCUGGAAGGAAGAGGAAGAGAAGCAGAAGCCAAAGAGAAAGGGAAGAGACGAUGAAAGUCAGGGGCAUAAGAAAGCAAAGGAGCAGUUGAAGAUUAAGGAGGAAAGACCUGAAGAACUAGAAACUGUGUUAAGUUACAGUUCAAUAAGAUUGACUCCCAGGUGGAAGAACACAUGGAAACGUGCAUUACUGUUACGCACAAAAAAAGAGUUCCAUGGGAAUCUUGCUGAUGAAAAGCGCUCCGAACUAGUCAUUCCUCCCACCCCGACACAGUUUUCCUCACCUGAGCCCUUUUCUAUUCCUGAACAGUUUCCUACAAAGUCCAUUACUGUCAUUCAUGAGGAGGACCAGGACCAGGGCAUCCCUCUCUCUCCUGAGCAGGCGCAGGCACUGGGCAUCACUCUCACCCCUAGUCAAGCCCUGGCACAGGGAAUCACUCUCACCCCUAGUCAAGCCCUGGCACAGGGAAUCACUCUCACCCCUAGUCAAGCCCUGGCACAGGGAAUCACACUCACCCCUAGUCAAGCCCUGGCACAGGGAAUCACUCUCACCCCUAGUCAAGCCCUGGCACAGGGAAUCACACUCACCCCUAGUCAAGCCCUGGCACAGGGAAUCACUCUCACCCCUAGUCAAGCCCUGGCACAGGGAAUCACACUCACCCCUAGUCAAGCCCUGGCACAGGGAAUCACACUCACCCCUAGUCAAGCCCUGGCACAGGGAAUCACACUCACCCCUAGUCAAGCCCUGGCACAGGGAAUCACUCUCACCCCUAGUCAAGCCCUGGCACAGGACAUCACUCUCACCUCUCAGCAGGCCCUGGCACAGGGCAUCACUCUCACCCCUCAGCAGGCCCUGGCACCGGACAUCACUCUCACCCCUCAGCAGGCCCUGGCACAGGCCAUCACUCUCACCCCUAGUCAAGCCCUGGUACAGGACAUCACUCUCACCCCUCAGCAGGCCCUGGCCCAGGGCAUCACUCUCACCCCUCAGCAGGCCCUGGCACCGGGCAUCACUCUCACCCCUCAGCAGGCCCUGGCACCGGGCAUCACUCUCACCCCUCAGCAGGCCCUGGCACCGGGCAUCACUCUCACCCCUCAGCAGGCCCUGGCACCGGGCAUCACUCUCACCCCUCAGCAGGCCCUGGCACCGGGCAUCACUCUCACCCCUCAGCAGGCCCUGGCACCGGGCAUCACUCUCACCCCUCAGCAGGCCCUGGCACCGGGCAUCACUCUCACCCCUCAGCAGGCCCUGGCACCGGGCAUCACUCUCACCCCUCAGCAGGCCCUGGCACCGGACAUCACUCUCACCCCUCAGCAGGUCCAGGCACAGGGCAUCACUCUCACCCCUGAACAGGCCCAAGCACAGGGCAUCCCUCUCUCUGCUCAGCAGGUCCAGGCACUGGGCAUCUCUCUCACUCCUCAGCAGGCCCUGGCACCGGACAUCACUCUCACCCCUCAGCAGGUCCAGGCACUGGGCAUCACUCUCACCCCUGAACAGGUCCAGGCACAGGGCAUCACUCUCACCCAUGAGCAGUUCAAGGCACUGAUGGUUACCCUCACUCUUGAAAAAUCCCAGGGUUUGGGAGUCACACUCACACAUGAACAAGUCCAAGCAUUGAGAGCUCCUGUCAUUCUCCAGCAAGAAGGGACAUUGAGGGGCCAUAUUACUCCUAUCCAGGGCCAGACUCUAAAGGCACCUGCCCAGGCACAUGACACAAUUCUUACCCCUGAGCAGAGCCAGGCAAUGCAGAUCCCUGUGACUACUCAACAGGCCCAGAUACUUGGUGUCCCUAUCACUCAAGGCCAGGAUGAGGCAUUGGGAGUUACUAUCACACCACAGCAGGCACAGGCACAGGCACAGGCACGGGCACUGAUGUUCACUCUUACUCCAGAGAACGCGCAGAUUUGGGGUAUCACACAUACCAAUGAACAAGCCCCGGCAGUGGGUAUUACCCUCACCCCUGAGCAGAAACAAGUAUUGGGGGUCCCACUUACCCUUGACCAGGCUCAGGCAUUAGAGACCCCUCUCGCUGCAGAACAGGCCUGGAAAUUGGGGAUCGCUAUCACUCCAGAAAUGGCUCAGGAAGUAUCACACACUCUUUUUCUUAAGCAGGGCAAAGCAUUGGGGGUCGAACAGGCUCAGUCAUUUGGCACUCCUUUAACUCUGAAUCAGGCCCAGGCAUUGCGAAUCCCAAAUGCCUGGUUAUCAAUUAUCACUCGUAGGCAUGAACAGUCUUUGGGGGCCCCUCUCACCUCAGAUAAAGCCCAUGUCUUAGGAUCUCCCCUUACCCGUGAGCAAGUUCAACCUUGGACUCUGAAACCAUUUCAAGAAUCAAAGACUCCUCUCCUUUCUGGGCAAUCCACUACAUCAAGAGCUAGCUGGCCCUUGGUACCGUUUGCUCUUAUUGAUGAGAGGACCCCUGGGUCUAAGGUCUCUUCUACUUCUUUGCAGGCAUCAGGGUUUCCUUUGACCCAAGCCCCAUUUGUCUCUGGGAAAUCCCGAGGGAAGGGGAGCUUCCUUAGGGAGCUUCCUUCCUCUAAACAGACACUGGUUUCUAAGGGUCAGGUCACCCCUGUGAAGUUCCUAGCACCACAGGUCCCUCCUACCCCUGGGAAGCUUUCAGUAUCUGGGACCCCUCCCACUCUAGGGCAAUCUCUUAUAUCUGGAAUUCCACCUGCCUCUUCACAGAUUCCCAGUCUCUGGGCUCCUCUCUUUCCUGGGAAGCCUUUGAUUCCUGGGGCCCCUUCUGUCCCUGGGGAACUCAUGGAAUCUGGUCUCUCCACCUUCUCUGAGCAGCCCCAGGCAUUUCAGCUCCCUACCACCUGUGAGCAAUCUCCCUAUCUACAAGCCCCUUCUACCCUUGGGGAGCUUCCGGCACCACAGACCUUUCCUGGGCAAGCUUUCCCACUACGGAUCUCUCCCACCCCUGGGCACCCCCCACCACCACGGGCCCCCUCAACCCCUGCAAAGCCCCCAAAAGAUUUGUCUCUGAAAUCUAAAUCAGCAUUGGUCCAUCCCGGUGCUCCAAGUUUCAAGGUACCACAAGCCCCUUUCACCACUAAGAAGUUCCAAACAUCAGAGGUCUCUGAUACUUCUGAAGAAAUCCAGGAACUCCGAGAUUCUUUUACUAUGGAACAAGUUAGGACAUUUCAGCCCUAUCUCACCAAGUAUAGGACACCAGUAUCACAAACUCCUUACAUUGGUAAGGGGGACCUGCCCCCUCUCAUGAAGCCUAUAACAUCACUGCCUCCUCUUACUACUCAACUACCCAAAACAUCACAGAUUUCACCUUCCGAAUGGGACUGGAAAUCCCGAUUUCCCCCUAUCAGUAAGCCCUGCGUACUGACUUCAGUUUCAGGUACCAAGAAACUCAAAAUGAUGAUACCCGAUUCCUCUUUCCAAGAGCUCAAAGAGCAGAGGUAUUUUGUUGAUGUGAAGGCUCAAAGGAAGAACCUGGUACUCUUAAAUCAGACCACAGAAACUUCUGGACACCCUUCAGAGCUACAUACAACAGCUAGAAAUCUCAUAAUUGAGACACUUCAUACAGACACAGUUCGACUGGGAUACCUAUUCCGCAAGUACAUUGCCUAUAGGCUGAUCCAGCGUGCAAGAAACAACAUAAUCAAAAGAUUACUAGCCAUCCAAAACAGUGGGAAAGGUUAUGAGACCCAGAAUCUUUACAUAAUGCUGAACAGAAUUGAUGGCUACCAGAAAAAGAUGAUGGGGGUCUGGACCGAGAAGCAAAAGUCUCUAGAGCAGAAACGGAACCAGUGCCUGAGGAAAAUGAUGUUCUUAUUUAGCCAGCUCCAUGAUAUGUAUCAAUUGAAUCUUAGUCAACCUGUACCUUUGCUCAUCGACAAAAAGCAGAAACCUGCCCCUACCAAAGUUAUUCAACAGCCGUUCCUAGAGCUACUAAUGAAAGAGGACAGAAAACUUGACAUAUUCAAGAAAUUUAGGCAACAAGAAGAUCAGAUGGCAGCCAUCUGGAAUGCUGAUCAGUCCACUUCAAGCUACCCAAUAGCUGAGAAGACAUCACUACAUUCACUGUGGGCCCAGCUGGGUGGGUACCCACUUAUUCCCAUGCUGCUCCAGUUAGAUGUUCAAUCUUCCUUCAGAAAAUCUCUUGCAUCCAUUCAAUCACAGUAAGUUAAGGACUGGAAGCACUUUGAUAAUUGGGCUUUUGGU